UAAUUUCAGUCACCACUCACCACCAUAAUUGUAUUCUCUUUGCUCACCACAGUGAUUCCACUCCAAAGAGUACCUAUUUUCCACUCUGUGAUUCCACCUAUCCACUACCCACCUAUUCCACUUUCCAGGCCGGUGCACCGUAGUGCACAGCUGAAUAGUUCUAAAUUUGUGCAAUUACAUAUAAUAUUAACUGUUAAUGUUUAUUUAAAAUACCUAAAUUACGCAGAACGAACAUUUUUUUACAUUGAUACAUUCUUCUUUAACUUUUAUUGAAGGUUUAACUUCAGGCUCAUAAUGGUUGGAAAGACGAAUAAGUUAUAUGUGCACAAACGAGGUGGCAGGAUGGAAGAAGUACACAUUGAUAAAAUAACAUCAAGAAUUAAAAAACUUUGUUAUGGUCUGAACAUGGAUUUUGUAGAUCCUGUAAGCAUUACCUUAAAAGUUAUAAGUGGAAUAUAUUCAGGAGUGACAACAGUGGAACUUGAUAAUCUGGCUGCCGAAACUGCUGCAACAAUGACAACUGACCAUCCAGAUUAUGCUGUCCUUGCAGCUAGACUUGCAAUAUCAAAUUUACACAAAGAAACAAAAAAACAUUUCUCAGAUGUUGUUUCCGAUUUAUACCACUUUGUCAAUCCAUACACCAAGAAAAAGUCUCCAAUGAUUUCUGAAUUCCAUUACAAUAUUGUCAUUAAUAACAAGGAAAGACUGGAUUCAGCAAUAGUGUAUGAUAGAGAUUUCAAGUAUAACUACUUUGGUUUUAAAACUUUGGAAAGGUCAUAUUUGUUGAAAAUAAACAAUAAGGUUGCUGAACGACCCCAGCAUAUGCUUAUGAGAGUGGCAAUAGGUAUACAUGGUGAGGAUAUUGAUGCUGCCAUUGACACAUAUAAUUUGAUGUCUGAAAAAUACUUUACCCAUGCAAGUCCAACACUUUUCUCUGCUGCCACACCUAGACCCCAACUCUCCUCUUGUUUUUUAAUUGCAAUGAAAGAUGAUAGUAUUGAAGGAAUAUAUGACACUCUGAAGCAGACUGCUUUGAUUUCUAAAUCAGCUGGUGGUAUUGGAUUACAUGUACAUUGUAUAAGAGCUAAAGGAACUUACAUUGCUGGAACAAAUGGGGUCUCUAAUGGACUUGUUCCAAUGUUACGAGUAUACAACAACACAGCUAGGUAUGUGGAUCAGGGUGGCAAUAAAAGACCUGGUGCAUUUGCCAUUUACUUGGAACCAUGGCAUGCAGAUAUUUUUGAAUUUUUGGAUCUUAGGAAAAAUACAGGCAAGGAAGAAGUUCGCGCCAGAGAGUUGUUCUAUGCUCUCUGGAUACCGGAUUUGUUUAUGAAAAGGGUUGAGAACAAUGAAAUGUGGAGUAUCAUGUGCCCCCAUGAUAGCCCUGGUCUAGCUGACUGUUGUGGAGAAGAAUUUGAAAAGUUGUAUGAAAAAUAUGAAGAAGAAAAAAGAUUUGUGAAGCAAGUCAGAGCACAAAUGUUGUGGAAAGCUAUAAUUGAAGCCCAAGUAGAAACUGGAACACCAUACAUGCUAUAUAAAGAUGCCUGUAACAGAAAAAGUAAUCAAAAGAACCUGGGAACAAUAAAAUGCAGCAAUCUCUGCACUGAAAUAGUAGAAUACACAUCUGCAGAUGAAGUUGCAGUAUGUAAUUUGGCAUCAAUAGCACUUAAUAUGUUUGUAAAUGAAGACAAAACAUAUAAUUUUGAAAAGUUAAAAGAAGUUACUAAGACAAUCACUCGAAAUCUAAACAAAAUAAUUGAUGUUAAUUUUUAUCCAAUCCCAGAAGCUAAGAACUCAAAUCUAAGACAUAGGCCUAUAGGAAUUGGAGUCCAAGGAUUAGCAGAUGCCUUUGUUCUAAUGCGUAUUCCAUAUGAAAGUGAGAAAGCCCUUAAAUUGAAUCAGCAGAUAUUUGAAACUAUAUAUUAUGGUGCCUUAGAAGCAAGUUGUGAGCUUGCUGAAAAGGAGGGUGUAUACAAUACAUAUGAAGGAAGUCCAGUCAGUCAAGGAAUACUACAAUAUGAUAUGUGGGACAAAACACCAACAGACCUUUGGGACUGGACUGUUCUUAAAGAAAAGAUUGCACAACAUGGAAUUCGUAACUCAUUGUUAUUAGCACCAAUGCCAACAGCUUCAACUGCACAAAUACUUGGUAACAAUGAGUCAUUUGAACCAUUCACAUCAAAUAUUUAUCAGAGGCGAGUGUUAUCUGGCGAAUUUCAAGUGGUAAAUCACCACCUGCUUAGAGAUUUGACACAAGCUGACUUAUGGGAUGAAGAUAUGAAAAAUUUAAUAAUACAUAACAAUGGAUCAAUCCAAAACAUAGAAGUAAUACCCAAAGAAAUAAGAGAUUUGUAUAAGACUGUAUGGGAAAUAUCUGUUAAGACGACGAUACAAAUGGCGGCAGAUAGAGGUGCAUUCAUUGACCAAAGUCAAUCUUUCAAUAUUCAUGUUGCAGAUCCCAAUUAUGGGAAGUUAACAUCAAUUCAUUUUUAUGCCUGGAAAAUGGGUCUCAAAACUGGAAUGUACUAUUUACGCACGAAACCAGCUGCCAACGCCAUUCAGUUUACGGUUGAUAAAUCAAAAGUUAAAGUUACUAAUGGAAAAUCAGAAAAAGAAGAAGCUGAUAUGUCUAUGAUUGCUUGUUCUUUGUUAAACAAAGAUCAAUGUCUUAGCUGCGGUUCCUAAUUAUAAGGCUAAUCUAUGUUUGUAUCGAAUUUUAAUUAAUAUUAAUAAAUUAAAAUGAAAAUUC